AAAACGGAAGUGUGGGUCCGGAAGGAUUACACAGCUUGAAGCAGCUGGAGUAGCGGUAAGUAAAAACCCUAAAGUGCAAAGGAAAGGGGAUCAGAGAUUCUCCUCCCAGGAGUCGUAAUCAAAAGGCUAGUCUUCUGUUGUAACCAACAAUGGCAGAUGGUCAUGAAUCAGACAAGAAUAUUGAGAUUUGGAAAAUUAAGAAAUUAAUCAAGGCAUUGGAAUCUGCGAGAGGUAAUGGUACCAGCAUGAUUUCUCUUAUUAUGCCUCCACGUGAUCAGAUUUCCCGGGUCACGAAAAUGUUAGGAGAUGAAUUUGGAACUGCUUCAAACAUCAAGAGUAGGGUGAACAGGCAGUCAGUUUUGGGGGCCAUUACUUCUGCUCAACAGAGGCUGAAGCUCUACAAUAAGGUUCCUCCAAAUGGUUUGGUUCUUUAUACUGGAACCAUUGUUACUGAAGAUGGCAAGGAAAAGAAGGUGACAAUUGAUUUUGAGCCUUUCAGGCCCAUCAAUGCUUCACUUUACCUGUGUGAUAACAAGUUUCACACCGAAGCUCUUAAUGAACUUUUAGAGUCUGAUGACAAGUUUGGUUUUAUUGUUAUGGAUGGAAAUGGAACCCUUUUUGGUACGUUAAGUGGAAAUACUCGUGAGGUGCUUCAUAAAUUUACUGUUGAUCUACCAAAGAAACAUGGUAGAGGAGGGCAGUCAGCUUUACGUUUUGCUCGUCUUCGCAUGGAAAAACGGCACAACUACGUUAGAAAGACUGCAGAACUUGCUACUCAGUUUUUCAUCAAUCCUUCUACCAGUCAGCCUAAUGUUGCUGGACUUAUACUUGCAGGUUCAGCUGACUUCAAGACUGAGCUGAGCCAGUCAGAUAUGUUUGAUCCCCGUUUACAGGCCAAAAUAUUAAAUGUAGUUGAUGUUUCUUAUGGCGGGGAGAAUGGUUUCAAUCAAGCCAUUGAACUAUCUGCAGAAAUCUUGUCAAAUGUGAAGUUUAUACAAGAGAAGCGCUUGAUAGGGAAAUAUUUUGAGGAGAUCAGCCAGGAUACUGGGAAAUAUGUCUUCGGAGUUGAUGAUACAUUGAAGGCUCUGGAGAUGGGUGCUGUGGAAACACUCAUCGUGUGGGAAAGUUUGGAUAUAAAUAGGUAUGUGUUGAAAAAUAGUUCAACUGGUGAGAUUGUGAUUAAGCAUUUGAACAAGGAGCAAGAGGCUAAUCAAAACAACUUCCGAGAUUCAGCCACCUCUGCAGAGUUGGAGGUUCAGGAAAAGAUGCCUUUGCUGGAGUGGUUUGCAAAUGAGUACAAGCGGUUUGGUUGCUCGCUGGAAUUUGUAACCAACAAAUCUCAAGAGGGAUCACAAUUUUGCAGAGGGUUUGGUGGCAUUGGUGGCAUCCUUCGCUACCAGCUUGACAUCAGAUCAUUCGACGAGUUUUCUGAUGAUGGAGAGGUGUACGAGGAUUCCGAUUAAGUUCAUCCUGCAGUUCCUCAGUAAUUUUGGAUAAUUGAAGGAAGCAUGAUCGCUUUUAUGUUUCAUAGUUUCUAAUCAUUUGGAUUUUUUGGGUAUAAGACAUUCUCUUUUGGUGCUUCAUCCAUCACAUAUGUAUUAUUUAAUUCUUCUGCCCUUUGCUUCCUACAUAUACUUCUUGUUGGUCAUUUAAGAAUAUGGCAACUCAGCCAGCCUACUAAAAGCAUAGAAUGUUUGCUCCAGUCUCCUAGAUUGAGUUGGAUUUAAGCGUUGUCGGGUAUGGAUACUUGCCCUGAUUGUGUCAAAUUUCAUUUGGAAACUAAGGAUCGUGAUAUUAGUACAA